AAAAGGUCUCACCGUCACCUCGCCCCGACCGGAACCCCUAAAUUCCCCAUCCCUCCCUUUCCCCUUCCUCUCCCACUCCACCGCACCCCCACCUCAAACCACUCCACCCCCGUGCAAAUCCGCUGGCCGCGGCGAGAGAGGGCGAGGAGGGAACAGAUCAGGUGGUGGCGGAUCGGUGGCUGGCUCGGCCUGACUUCUUCGGCGGGCGCGAUGGGCGGCGAGGUCGAGGGGGGCGGGGGGCGGCAGCUGGGGCGGGUGCUGAGCUUCGGGAUCCCGGACACGGCGCUGGGGCUGGUGAUGGGGUACGUGGAGGACCCCUGGGACCGCGACGCCAUCUCGCUGGUCUGCCGCCACUGGUGCCGCGUCGACGCGCUCAGCCGCAAGCACGUCACGGUCGCCAUGGCCUACUCCACCACGCCCGAGCGCCUCUUCCGGCGAUUCCCGUGCCUCGAGUCGCUCAAGCUCAAGGCCAAGCCCCGCGCGGCCAUGUUCAACCUCAUCUCCGACGACUGGGGCGGGUCGGCGUCGCCUUGGAUCCGGCAGCUCUCGGCCACCUUCCACUUCCUCAAGAAGCUCCACCUGCGCAGGAUGAUAGUGUCCGACGAUGACAUCAGCAUCCUCGUCCGCGCCAAGGCUCACAUGCUCGUAUCGCUCAAGCUGGACCGCUGCUCCGGCUUCUCCACGCCCUCCAUCGCACUUGUCGCCCGCUCCUGCAAGAAACUGGAAACACUGUUCCUGGAAGAAAGUACAAUUGCUGAGAAUGAAAAUGAUGAAUGGAUUCGCGAGCUUGCUACAAACAAUUCUGUUCUGGAGACACUGAAUUUCUUUCUGACAGAUCUCAGGGCAUCCCCAGAAUAUCUUACCCUCCUUGUGCGCAAUUGCCAGAUGCUGAAAACUCUGAAGAUUAGCGAAUGUCUCAUGCCUGACCUAACCGGUUUGUUCCGCACAGCACAAACACUACAAGAGUUUGCUGGCGGUGCCUUUGAAGAGCCGGGUCAGCAGGUGGCGAAUAGAAAUUAUGAGAAUUACUACUUCCCCCCUUCGCUGCACCGCUUGGGUUUGCACUACAUGGGAGCAAAUGAGAUGCAGAUACUUUUUCCAUAUUCUGCGGCUCUUAAGAAGUUGGAUCUUCAAUUUACACUCCUUAACACAGAGGAUCACUGUCAGAUAGUUCAGCGCUGCCCCAAUCUGGAAGUUUUAGAGGCAAGGGAUGUGAUAGGGGAUCGUGGAUUACAAGUGGUUGCACAGACCUGCAAGAAAUUGCAGAGGCUCAGAAUAGAGAGAGGAGAUGAUGAUCACGGAGGUCUUGAGGAUGAACAAGGUGUAAUUUCACAGGUUGGAGUUAUGGCUGUAGCCCAAGGCUGCCCUGAGUUGACAUACUGGGCAAUACAUGUCUCAGACAUCACCAAUGCAGCUCUAGAAGCGGUUGGUACAUUCAGCAGAAAUCUUAAUGAUUUCCGCCUUGUCCUGCUUGAUAGAGAAGCGCAUAUAACAGAAUUUCCACUGGACAACGGGGUUCGUGCUUUGCUGAGAGGUUGCACCAAACUCAGGAGGUUUGCAUUUUAUGUGAGACCUGGGGUCUUAACCGAUGUUGGCCUUGGCUAUGUUGGAGAAUUUAGUAAGAGCAUUCGUUACAUGUUGCUGGGUAAUGUUGGUGAGUCUGAUAAUGGAAUUAUGCAGCUAUCAAGAGGCUGCCCAAGCUUGCAAAAACUGGAGCUAAGGGGUUGUGUCUUUAGUGAGCAUGCAUUAGCCAUGGCUGCGCUCCAGCUAAAGUCACUGAGAUAUCUGUGGGUGCAAGGAUACAAGGCUUCUCCAACUGGCGCUGAUCUUAUGGCUAUGGUACGCCCCUUCUGGAACAUUGAAUUUAUUGCCCCAGACCAAGAUGGACCUUGCCCAGAUAUUAAGAAACAGAUUCUGGCAUACUACUCCCUUGCUGGAAGGAGGACAGAUUGCCCUCCAUCGGUAAUUCCACUCUACCCAGCAUUUUAGUGUACAUGCUUCUUUUUGCCAGACUAAAUCUCAUGGCAAGUAUAGUUCCAUUAUUCACAUUAUCUGUGAAAUCAAUGGUGCCUGUUCCGCCAAAUGAUGAGGGCAGGGCAUGAGAACAUUCCAUUGCACAGAAUCCCAAAACGAAGCAUUAAGCAGGACGUGCAGCUUGAGGAACGGAGUGCUCUACAUACUAGCCAGAGACCAGUCACGCGUACCUGAAGGCAGCACUUAUGCAUCAGCUUAUCCCAACUGGCUAGUAUGGACAUGUAAACUUUAUCAUUUUGAUUAGUUUUGGACAAACAAUUUUGUAAUAAUGUGCCUUUUAGUGUAUCUAAUCGUGUUUCAGUUCUUAAUCUGUAUGCAAUGUAUCGCUAUGUUGAACAUGUAGUUCUUAAGCUGUAUGCAAUGUAUCUACAAUCUGACUUGCUGUGAUUCGCUGAACAAUAUGGAUUUUCCUCAAUUCCUUUCUGC